AUGGGCUGCAUCCUCUCAAAGAAGCUCCGCAAGGAGAUGGAGGAAGAGGACGCCCGCCGCCCAGCGCCCUCCUCUCCCUUCUUCCCGCCUGCCCCUGAGCCGCGCCCAUUCCAAUUCAUCCCCUUGGGCAAGGGUGACAAUUUGAGGACGCCGCCAAAGCGGCUCACAGCCUCUGAACGGUACCGCGAGUACCGUAAGAAGAAUGCGCACCUGGACAAGCCAGGUGACGCGAGCGCCACCAUGGUCAUCGAGAAGCGAAGGGCGUGGAAUCGGCGGGCCCUUUGGGGCAUCGUGCACAAAGGGUGUGAGAAUGGGGAGAAGUCCCGGCUGGGGUCGGGCGACUCCCUGGAAUGCUACUGCUGCAUGGAUAAGCGUGUCAGCCCUCCGCGUACCCCAAGAUACGACGCCAAGGAGGUUCUGGAAGAAAUCGCUCGCCUCGAAGCUGAGGCCGAAGCCGCUCGUCUCGCUGCCGCUCCAGCAGACAAUCCAGCAGAUGCUCCAGCAGACGCUUAA